AAAGAGUUCAAGGGCCACGGCGUGCUGUUUCCAUAGAGACACACACAGAAAGCCGCGCUUGCAAACUAUGCUGAAUGAAACAUUAGUCACAUACACUGCUCAUUUCAGACAUCGACUAAAGGUUCAAAAUGUCCUGCAAACAGGCCAAAGGAAGGCUUCAAGUCUUGCAGAUCUAUCGGCUGCUUCAGUGUAUCCAGGAUGGAGAUAAGACGUACAUAGAGAAACUAAUCAGCAUGGGUGUUGACGACCUCAUCAAUCUGACCGAGCCACGUGAUGGCAAUGGGGUCCUGCACUUGGCAGCAGUGACCAACAAACCCGACAUGCUGGAGUUCCUCGUUGAUCAAGGUGCCCGUCCAGAUGUGCAGGACAGAAGUGGACGCACACCACUGAUGCUGGCUGCCGAACUUGGAUAUGAUGGUAUCGUGUCUCUACUAGCCAAGAAGAACGCAGACAUGAAACUUGUAGACAUAGAAGGGAAAGGCGUGCUCUUCUACUGCCUCCACCCCACCAAAAGACACAUGCGCUGCCUCCAGGUGGUCCUUAAUGGCAAUGCAGAUGUCAACAAUGUUUCAGAAGCUGGCAUACCAGUGUUCCUGCUGGCCUGUGAACAAGCUCAGGACUGUGAAGGAAUGUGCCUCAGCAUCCUAGAGAGAGGAGCAGACCCCAAUGCUACAAAUCAGGAAACAGGUCGAACAGCUCUGAUGGAGGCGGCCAGAGCAGGAGCAUUAGAACUAGUGAGAGCCAUCCUCAAGAAAGGAGGAAACGUCAAUGCUCUGGACAAGAAGCGAUUCCACGCAGCUCACUUUGCAGCUGAAAAAGGCUUCUUUGAAAUCAUUAAGGUGCUGUCUGCAUAUAGAGCAGAUGUUGGCGGGGUGACAACAGAGGGCGAUACACCUCUGCAUUUUGCUGCUUCUGGUGGAUACACAGACUGCUGCAGAUUUCUAGCUCAAAGAGGGUGCAAUCCCAAAUUGAAGAACCAAGAAGGUCUGCUUCCCCGUCAGAUUGCUAAGGACUGUGGGCACAAGGCCACUGUAAAAGAGCUUAAGAAGGCUGAACGGCUGCAUGGAAAGUCCUCAAAAGGAGGCACGAAUGGGCCAUGGGCUCUGAUGCUUCAUGACUGGUCUCAUGAAAAUGAGAAUGAACUGAGAAGUGCUUUCGAGUCUGCAACAGAUGGCUUCAUUGGAGUAGAGUUUGUGCCCAAGGGAACAUUUGUGUCUGUUCUGAAGGAACUUCACGCUCCUCUAGAUGAUGUUCAAAUUCACAUUCUUCUGCUUGCUCUUGAUAAGAGAAGAGAGGGCUUUAUAAAUAUAAACGACUUCUUAAGAGGUCUUAAAUAUCUUCCGAAGACAUAUGUUAUGGCUUCCUAUGGGCCGAAGAAGAAGAAGGCAGCCAAGGCAGGAAAGACCAAAAAGAGUAAGUUUAACCUUCCAUUGCCCAUCUGUACAGUCCCGCAAGAUCUCAUUCAUCGGCGUGAUGAUGGAGGGCCACCUCAUUUUAUGAUUGAAAGUUGGCAGCAUGCUACAGACACCCAAAGAUACGACCGGGACCAUCGACCGGAACGUCCUAUUGAAGAUGACACGGCAUGGUACAUCGAUGAGCCAGAAAAGAUAUACAUCAAUUUGAACUACUGCGUUAAAACUGGAGAUAUUGAGUCUCUUAGGUUGGCACUCAGCCAAAAAGUUCCUGUAGAUGUGAAAGAUCGCUUCUACAAGACACCACUUAUGGCUGCAUGUGCAAGUGGGAACUACGAAAUGGCGAAGUUUCUCCUCGAUAAUGGGGCUGAUGUGAAUGCAUGCGAUCAGUUCAAAUGGACACCUCUGCACCACGCCUGUCAUGCAGGACAGCUGGACAUUAUACAGCUGCUCCUAGAGGCAGGCGCUUCAGUGGACCGGCCCGCCCUGAAUGGAGCCACUCCCCUAAUGAGAGCCAUUGAGAGCUGUAGGCCGUCCUGUGUGGAGUACCUCAUCAAAGCUGGUGCAAAGAUCAAUGCAGUAAAUAAGACAGAGCAGAACUGCUUGGAUGUCGCCCACGCUUAUGCAGACUUCAGGGUGGUGGAUUUGCUCCAGGCUAAGAUUAAUACCCAACCCAGGCCUAAGGACAACAAGAAGCCACAGCCAGUCAAAAUCCACCACAAACCAACACCGGCCUCAACGCCUGGCUCUAUCAAAGAAAAGCAGGGCCCCGUUCCCACUCCUACAGCCUCCUCAAACUCAGCAGUCAAGAAAGCAAUGAAGAAAGACAGUGUUAUCGUGCACAGCACUCAGAUCACCAGCGGCAGGCUCAACAAAUUGGACAUCAGUUUUGUGCCAAGAACGAACUGGCAAAACCAUCUGACCACCAGAGAUUUGAUGGACAGGAUGGCAAGGAGGAGGCAACGUUUCAGUUUUGAGGUGGACUUUGAUGACUUUAAGAUGCCUUUCAAUAAAAACAUUCAGAAGAAAUCUAUGGAGUUUGAGCUCACUGACUAACAGGUAUAUCAAAGCAAAAUCAGAGUCUUUGCAAGCAUCUCCUGAAACCUUCAUAAGUACUCUUCAUAAGAAAUCACUCUUCAGCAACAAAACAAAGCACAAAAAUGUGCAUCAUUGUUGAAUUUGAGUAUCUUUCAUCAACCCCACGUGCAUUACGACACUUGAGGGAUAUUCACUUUUACCUCUUUGCACGUUUUCUACAAGAACGGGAGUAUAUAUGAAAAAAAACAAGCUCCAGGUGACGCACAGAGAGAGAACCCCAUGUUUCCAUGGUAACGUGCAGGUGAAGGCAUCGAGGACUAAUCUAGUUCUUCAUCUAUGAAGCACAAGUCUUACACUAGUCCUUGCUUAAAUCCAUCACAAACACACACACUCAUUUCCCAAUUACCUGUGUUCUGCUAAUGUCUCCAGCUGAGCCUAAAAUGAUAAUGAUCACACACAGGCUCCAGAACACUGCACGGUGGAGGGGGAGAAGAAGAGAAUGAGCGGGUAUUGCACCAUGUGUACGAGCCCUGAAAGACUGAUCACUUCAGAGACGCGCUGCAACCUUCCCCACUUCCAAUCUAUUUUCCAAACAAUAGCACACACAGAUGUCAAAAAGGAAAAUGCAACCGGAAACUUUCAAAUGCCAGUCCACGUGGUCUAACACGUUUCGUUUUGUUGUUAAUAUAGGCCUGAUGUCCCUAUUUUAAAACGGCGGUCAUUACAUCUGCUCACUGGACACAUCAGAUCUAGUCAUGCAGUAAGAGCAACUCAGCUGUUCCACAGUCCUUCCUGUGAUGCAAAUGAGCAAGUGCAUCACUGCAAAAAUCAUUGCCUUCAUUUGUAUUUUUGUCUUGUUUUUCAGUAAAAAACGUAAACAUCCUCUGAACAAGAGCAAUUGAUGUGAGUGGAAGGGUCGUGGAACAUUUAGAACUGUAAAGAAACUUGACUUUUAAAUGGCUGUUCUUAGGAAGGCAGAUAAAUAAAAUAUUACAGAUUAAAUAUCGUCUUUAGAGCAUUUUGUUUUUUGCAUAAAAUACAAAACAAAAAUCAAUGCCAUUAUUUCUUACAGUAUGUUUAUAUUCAUCUUUAGAGAACAUAAGAUGAAUUAAGAUGAAAAAAACUCAGAUGUAAAAAUGCAAAAGUUCAGAAGCAAAAAGUGCUAUCUGAAAUUUUCUUUAAAAAUUAGCAUUUUUCUGCAGCCUCCAAUAUUUUUGUGGAAUGAUUUUACUUAAAAGCAAUGCAAAGAAGCAAUUUUUGCCAUAAAAGUGGAUUCACUGAACAUACACACAGGAGCUUGCAAAAAAUGCUCAUUUUAAAAGUAAACUUAAGGUGGCAUUUAGAGGUUUUUGCAUCUGAACUCUUCAUGUACCAAUGUUUUAACUUCAAAAGAGUAAUAAAGUGAACUAGGGUGAAAGAAGAA